CGCCUCAGAAAGAUCAAAUGUGACAAGCAGAUCCCAUGUGCGAGUUGCCAGACGUUGGGAAUAGCAUGUCAAGCAGCUGUUGCAAGGGCCGUAGAGCAUAGACCAAGGAUCGUGGUGACAAGUCAAUAUGAACGACAAAUCGCCUUGAUCCAAGAACGAUUACAAGGAAUUGAGAGUAGUUUGAAGUUGUUGUCGCGAGGGUCGGUAGUUUCGACUCCGAAUGUCGGGUCUGUGGGAUCGGAUGCUGGGGAUGUGCCUGGUCCUGCAAACAAAACGAUAUCGAUUUACGAAGGGGAUUCGAGUUUUGGGAGUCAGACUAUACAGGCGGGGCAACUUGCUGAUGUCACGGCUACGGCAGUGCCAGGAGUACCGUCGAGUGAGUUGUCAAGCGCACUCACAUUACUCAAAGACAGUCUGAAGCGACAUGAAGCUCUGUCGCGAAUACACGAGACACAUCUCAGCACCAGAGUUAAGUUUGAUUCUGUGGGUCAGCAGGAGCUUCCGCCUGCUUCACUUGUGAUCGCUCUGAUCAAGACAGCAAAAGCACGUCCUUCUGUAUCCUUGGUUGCCUUCUCCUACAAGGGAGUAGCACAGCUGGAAGCACUGUGCCAAAAAGUCUACUUCCCAUUGGAACCACCGCCACCAGGUUCAAUGACCUUCUUCUAUGGCUUUCUCUACUUUGUCAUCCGCGACUAUUGGAGCCAGCGAGAUCCCGCUCUUCAAGGAUAUGAUGCGCAGGCAAUCAUCGAUCUUUGUGAGACGACAUUCUGCGCUGGACUGGAGAGUUUUGAGACGCUUACAGUCCCUGUGAUGCCUAAUAUCCAAUCACUCCUUCUUGGUGCAAUCAAAGCACAGGAAGAAUGCAAACUCUCCUUGAGCUGGACAUUCCUCUCUGCAGCAGCGACCAUGUGUCACACCCUAGGCUACCAUCGCAAAUCAUCACUCGCCCACGAAGACCAAGAAACUGCAGAUAUCAAGCGACACCUAUUCUGGCAAGUAUACAUGCUAGACAAGAAUCUAUCGCUGAACUUGGGAAGAGGGUCGAACUUCCCAGAUGCUGAUAUUGAUGCCGAGUUUUACACGCCAUCGACGAAUUCAGCACAGAGACCUUGGGAUUUGAUGUCGCUGGCUACGAUUUUGUUUGCGAAGCUUCAGGGGCAGGUGUAUGAUAAACUGUAUUCUGCAUCGGCGAUGGAUACGCCGCUUGAAGAACGAAGCCGUGUGGUGGAUGAAUUAUCGUCACAGGUGAAUGCUCUUCGAAACCAACUUCUCUCGAUUGAUUUCACGGGAGCCCUUUGUCAGGAGCGUCUGAUAGGAAUGGCGCAAGCGGCAGACUUUGUUUGCUACUCUGUACUGACGGUCAUCUAUCGAGCGCAGCCACUCACCAGCAGCACAACAGAGAUCAGUCCUCGAUGCUACGAAGCGGCACGCCUAGGACUGGAAAACCAUCUCCGCUGCUUUGCGCAAUUCAGAAACCGUUCAGUGCCUCAGCAAGCCGAAUAUGUGAAUUGGAUUUUGCUAUAUCCAUCCUUCACACCCUUUACAGUCGUCUUCAUCCACGCAAUAGCAACCUCCAGCACCUCCGAACUCCACCUCCUACAGGAAACAGUCCACUCCCUCGACCACGUGAAACUACUCUCUCCAGCCGCAAAACGCCUCCACGAUGUCUGUUUUGCAUUCGCAAAAGUCGCUGCUGCAUUCAUAACAUCACAACGCACACUUAGUAAUUGGCAUUGUCGUAAUGAUGGCACUUUGUCGCUUGCGUCUGCAGAGACGACAACAAACUAUGAAGCACCAGGGUUCGAAGCAAUGGGACAGGAUCAAGAUGCGCUUUCGGCCUUUCUGACGAGUUUGGCGACGCAAAAUCGGCCAUUGACGGAUUUUUUGCAUAUGGACUUUUUGGAUGGGGAGAUGGGGAUGGGAGAGUUAUUUCCUCCAACGUGA